UCACAGCAUUAUGAGUCGGCGCACAACUACGCUUCCCAGAUCUCCCGGGGGUCAAUGCGAUUGUAGUACUUCCCCGGCAUAUGGUGGCUGUGGCUUCUGUCUCGUCGCUCGCAGCUUAGGAAGAUGAACUGAGUGAGGCCAGCAAUGUUCGGAAGGUCCAGAAGUUGGGUGAGCGGCUCUGGCCGGUCCGGAUCUAGUGUCCACUCCCUAGACCGACUCAAAUACAUGUACCAUGUUUUAACGAAGAACACCACUGUCACUGAUCAAAAUCGCAAUUUAUUAGUGGAGACAAUUCGUUCCAUCACAGAGAUUCUCAUCUGGGGGGAUCAAAAUGACAGCUCUGUUUUUGACUUCUUUCUUGAAAAGAAUAUGUUUGUGUUCUUUCUAAACAUCUUACGACAGAAGUCCGGUCGUUAUGUUUGUGGGCAGCUUCUUCAGACACUGAAUAUGCUGUUUGAGAAUAUAAAUCAUGAGACCUCUCUUUAUUACUUGCUGUCCAAUAAUCAUGUGAAUUCUAUAAUUGUCCACAAAUUUGACUUCUCUGAUGAGGAAAUUAUGGGUUACUAUAUUUGCUUCCUGAAAACCCUUUCUGUGAAGCUGAACAGUCACACUGUCCACUUCUUCUACAACGAGCACACCAAUGAUUUUGCACUGUACACAGAGGCGAUCAAGUUUUUUAAUCAUCCGGAACACAUGGUUAGGGUUGCAGUUCGUAAUAUCACUUUGAAUAUUUAUAAAGUAUCAUUUAACAACCAACCAAUGCUGCACUAUAUUAGAGAUAAAACUGCUGUUCCAUACUUUUCUAAUUUGGUUUGGUUUAUUGGAAUCCAUGUUAUUGAACUUGAUAAGUGUGUCCAGACAGAUGAAGAGCACAAGAACCGGGGAACGCUCAGUAAUUUAGUGUCGCAACAUUUGGAUCACCUGAACUAUCUUAAUGAUAUUCUGAUUAUUAACUGCGAAUUCCUAAACGAUGUCCUGACAAAUCACUUGUUGAAUAGAUUGCUGCUCCCACUAUAUGUCUACUCACUAGUUAAUCAAGACCAGGGCUUUUUCCCUCUAAGUUAUUACAUGUGGCCAGAGCAUCAACCCACACUAAGAGCAACAGAACGUCCAAGAAUAAGUCCUCAAGUUGCUCUGUACCUCUUAUCACAGGUCUUUUUGACAAUCCAUUAUGCACCAUUGGUUAACUCUUUGGCUGAUGUUAUUCUAAAUGGAGACCUUUCGAUGUUUUCUUCCAAACCAGAACACAAUGUUCAGCAGGGUUCUGCAGAUUCCAGCAUUCAAUGUUUCACUAAACCCCAGGAAACGUUGGAGAAAUCCUUGGAGAUUAACAGACAGAGAGGCAGAAAGAAACACCAAAAGCGACCCAAUUACAAAAAUGUUGGGGAAGAGGAAGACGAUGAAAAGCUAUCAGAAGAUAUUCAAGAAGAGCUAGAUAAAGGGAAACCUGCAGAGAGUACCUCUAAAGGUGCCAAGGGGAGUGGAGAUACAGAAGAAAUUGAAAUGGUGAUAAUGGAAAGAUCAAAAGCAACAGAAAAAUCUUCGGUCAUAAAAGAAGAGAACACCACUGAUGAAGAAAAGAGUGCAUCUGCUGCAGGAGCCCAUGCCUCCCAAAAUAGACCCUUCCUUGACAUGGUUUACAGUACACUGGAAUGCAGUGAAGAUGAUUAUUAUACUUUGUUUGUCUUGUGUCUACUUUAUGCUAUGUCGCAUAAUAUAGGAAUAAAUCCCUCUAAACUUGAGAGAAUCCAGCUGUGUUUGCAGCCAGCAAAGGAGGACCACACUUACAACCAAGUCUUAGUUGAACGACUUAUCAGAAUAUUGAGUAAUGCAGCAAAUCCAGAUGGCAAAGUACGUUUGGCAACUUUGGAGCUUGCAUGUAUCCUCCUGAAGCGUCUUGUCCUGUUUGAAGGUGUCUGCAGCAUAAAGAAUAUCCAUUUAGCAUGCCUGGAGGGUGCAAGGGAAGAGAGUGUACACCUUCUUCGACAUUUCUACAAGGGAGAGGAGAUAUUUUUGGAUAUGUUUGAAGAUGAGUACAGGAGCAUGGCGAACAAGCCUCUUAAUGUAGAAUACUUGAUGAUGGAUGAAUCUAUAUUACUUCCUCCAACUGGAACACCAUUAACAGGCAUAGAUUUUGUUAAGCGUCUGCCUUGUGGAGAUGUUGAAAGAACUCGUAGAGCCAUCAGAGUAUUUUUCAUGUUACGAGCUUUAUUGCUCAAUCUGCGGAAAGAGCCUGAGACUCAGCUUCCUUUGACUCGAGAAGAAGACCUCAUCAAGACAGAUGAUGUUCUCGACCUCAAUAACAGUGAUUUGAUUGCAUGCACAGUGGUUAUGAAGAAUGGAGACCAGAUGCAAAGAUUUUUGGCAGUUGAUAUCUAUCAGAUGAGCCUUGUGGAACCAGACAGUAAACGACUUGGAUGGGGUGUUGUGAAGUUUGCUGGUUUGUUACAGGAUAUGCAGGUUACUGGUCUAGAAGAUGACAGCCGAGCCCUAAAUAUUACUAUCCACAAACCAGCAGCGACUCCCCAUUCCAAGCCAUUCUCUAUUCUUCAAGCUACAUUUAUCUUCUCUGACCACAUCCGGUGUAUUAUAGCUAAACAGAGACUAGCUAAAGGACGCAUUCAGGCACGACGGAUGAAAAUGCAAAGGAUAUCUGCUCUUUUAGAUCUGCCUAUUCAACCAUCAAAGGAAGUAGUGGGUUUUAGUCACACCUCUUCAUCAUCAGCUCAGCAUUUGCCCUUUAGAUUUUAUGAACAGUCUCGUCGUGUUGGAAGUGACCCUACAGUACAGCGCUCUGUCUUUGCAUCAGUUGACAAAGUACCAGGGUUUGCUGUAGCUCAGUGCAUAAACCAGCACAGUGCAUCGCCAGCACCUUCCCCAUCACUUUCUUCAAGCAGCAGCUCCAGCGGAAGCACUGGGCCUUGUGAUUCAGUCACUACCAGUCUCAUAUCAACUCCCUCAACAGUUCAGAGCCCAUCAGGUCUGGCAGGAAAGGAAGACGGCGAGUGUUUAGUCUAUCGGAGGCAGACAGUCAUGGAGGACACUGGGUUUAGACCCUCGAACGCCAGCUGUCUCAAUGAUUUUUCCCUUCUUGAUCAACCUCCAGUGACAGUUCACAGUCAAAUGGAGACCACCAAAGGGAGUCCACCAUCUUCCACCCGUAUUAGGAAGAGUUCCUUUCGAAAGCCAGACAGUGAGAUCACCAACUUGGCUCCUAGCCUGACUCCAGCACUGCAGCCAACAAUUUCAUUAAUAUCUGAUGAUAACACCGAUGCUCUCAGCGUUGAAUCUCUUACUUUGGUCCCUCCUGUUGAUCCAUACAAUAUUCACACCUUCAGUUGUAUUUUGGAAUCUUCACUGGAAUCUGUCAAUGACCUACAUAAAGAUGAAAAUGCUAAAUUUAACAUCACAGAAAAUGCUGAUGGCAACACACUAGAAGAAGUUUAUAGACUAUAACAGCAUAAUCAUUUUUUAUUUGUUUAUGUAAUUUGAAAAUUCAUAUUGUAAGCAUCAUUGAGACUUGCAAGUAAACAGAACUUAUACAUAGGAUGUUUCCUUGGGCUGGGGAAUACAGGUAGAUAUUGCCUGGAUUCCUUCCAUUACUGUCACAUAAAAGCCAUUUCUAGAUAUUAAUGCACAGCUUCUGGCCUGUUAGUGCAAAUACUACAUUCAGUCUUGCUAUUUAAAUAGUGUUCAUACUACUGUGUCAAUGGCAAAUAUUUCUAGCAGUUUGAUAUUCUUAUCAACUGUAAAAAAAAUAUUUUAUUUAUCACUUUUUAAAGCCAACAUUUUGAUAGCAUUUUUCCCCCCAUAGCUUAAACACCUAAUGCGCGCAGCUAAAAUUAGCUAUUUUUAAGGAGUAUUCCAAGGUUACAAUAUUGGGCAUAUUCAGUAAAGAACUUAGAGAAAAAGGAAAAUAGUAAUCCAUAACCAAUUAAUGAUAAUCUUCUAAUUUAUGUGACUGUACUGACUGCAUUUGGCUAAUGAACUUUGCACAUUUUCAUUGUGUAUUGCUGGCAUUCCGCCAGUGCAGUAAUCUGGUGCUCAGAAUGUCCAGAGAGCACUUUUCCUUCAAGUUGUCUAUGUUGUAUGUCAGACAUAGUUUUCAAUAGUUGUCCAUAGAGUAUUUUCUGAUUAAUGGGCCAGAUCAUGGUUAUCAAGCAUAUUGAGUAUAGAAAACCUUGAAAGAGAAAUAACUUGAAACCUUUCCAUUGUCACAGCAUAUUGGAGAUGGGGGAAAUAAAUACCCUGACCACACAGACACACGAAUGUCUUAAAGUUAAAUCUUUCAAAUUUUGUCUGUGUGUGGCAAUAUAUUUUACAUUUUAUAUGAUUUCUUUUAAAUAUUUGCCACUUAAAUUAUUUAUCAGUCAUAUAUGUUGAUGGUAAUUUAUGUUUUCAUAGAAAUCAUACAAGUUGAGAAAGUUUUUGAUUACCGAUUGAACUUCCAAUUCAUGAGCCAUAAGACAAGAGGAAUACGUUUUUGAGAAAACAAUGGGAAUUAGGAUUUGUGUUUUUUCUUUUUUUGUGGGGUUGAUUGCAUGUUGCAGAGCUAAUAAAGUUGACUUACUUCUUCUGACAAAUCAUUUUUUGUGUAAUAAAAUAUGCUGUAUAUUUUGUAAUAAAUGGCUAAAUCAGGC